UGUGCGUUUUAGCUUUGGCUUUGGCUUCUCCGUUGAAACUGAACAAAAACAAUAUCCCUUUAUAAAACUACCUUGAUCUCAUCGAACUUCCUUAAGAUUUCUUCUCCUUUUUCUUUUCUCUUAACCUCCACUUUGGCUCUCUCUGCCUCUCAAAGAUUUUCACUUUCUGCUUUGAAAUAUCAGUUUUUGAGAAUGGCGGCAACAGCAGCUUCCAGCCUUCAACUAGCUUCAGCAAGACCUUACAUUGCGUCCUCUCGCGGGGUAUUUAAGGCAGGCGCUGCCAAUCUAGUUUUCAAUCCCAAAGCUGUGUCAUGGACUAAGCUGGCGAGUGCUCGGAAUGUAUCACAAUCUUUGGAGCCUUUCCGGUGUGGUUUUGCAUUGUCUUCAAUAAAUUCUAACAAAGUUGUGACGAGGGCUAUGUCUGUAUCCGUUGAAAAUAAGCCUGCUUCUGGGUUGCCAAUUGACUUGAAAGGUAAGAGGGCAUUUAUUGCUGGUGUAGCUGAUGACAAUGGAUAUGGAUGGGCAAUAGCGAAAUCGCUUGCUGCUGCGGGUGCUGAAAUUCUAGCGGGAACAUGGGUGCCCGCUUUGAACAUAUUUGAAACCAGCUUGCGCCGUGGAAAGUUCGAUGAAUCACGAGUAUUGCCCGAUGGCUCAUUAAUGGAGAUUACCAAAGUAUAUCCCCUAGAUGCAGUCUUCGACAACCCUGAUGAUGUACCCGAAGAUAUAAAAUCAAAUAAGCGAUAUGCAGGAUCUUCGAAUUGGACUGUUAAGGAAGUUGCUGAAUCCGUCAAACAGGACUUUGGCAGCAUUGACAUUCUUGUGCAUUCACUAGCUAAUGGACCAGAGGUCAGCAAACCUCUAUUGGAGACAUCCCGGAAUGGAUAUCUUGCAGCUUUAUCUGCUUCGAGUUACUCCUAUGUUUCUUUACUCAAGCAUUUUCUUCCAUUGAUGAAUCCAGGAGGCUCUUCACUUUCUCUUACAUACAUUGCCUCGGAGCGGAUAAUUCCUGGAUAUGGUGGAGGUAUGAGUUCUGCUAAAGCCGCUCUAGAAAGUGAUACAAAAGUACUUGCUUUCGAAGCUGGACGAAAGAACAAGAUUCGGGUCAACACAAUAUCUGCUGGUCCACUAAGAAGUCGUGCUGCAAAAGCAAUCGGAUUUAUCGACACAAUGAUCGAAUAUUCAAUUGCGAAUGCACCUCUGCAAAAAGAACUAUCAGCAGAUGAGGUGGGGAACACUGCUGCCUUCUUGGCAUCACCUUUGGCUUCAGCUAUCACGGGUGCCGUCAUAUAUGUCGAUAACGGUCUGAAUGCAAUGGGUGUUGGAGUUGACAGUCCCAUAUUUAAAUAUCUCAACAUUCCUGGCGACAAGCAUUAGGAGACUGAUAACAAAUUUGGUGCUGAAUGUUAAAUCUAAGAUGUUUACAGUCGGUACCAUACCGGUCGAGAUGUCCGGUUACCAGCUGCCAUUUUGCCAUGAGAAAUUAAUGCUCUGCCCUUUUUAGACUUCUGAAGUGAUUUUUGACGAUUUUUC